CAAACUUGGAAAAAAAUAUGUGAUUUCAUCCCCUACAUCACCCACCCUGGUGUAUGGGGGGAUGUUUGAUAUUGGAAGUUCGGAUUAUUGUAACUUGUUGGGCUGACAAAUGCAGGGCUUGUUUGGGAGUUUGGUUCAGCAACAUAGCUCUUGAAUGGCAGUUGCUCAUCUCGCUGCUGCAGCCAGGACAGUGUAUCGAGAGAAUCGGAUACGAGCUGCUGACCAACCCGCCAAAGAGGUCGAUAUCACCACCGAAAUGACGCGCAAGGCUAGAGUGGAAGACAUGAUGACGCGACGCAACCUGAUCGAUUGCAAUUGCUUAGGUGAUAAGUAUUACCGGCACCCCGAGUAUAUGCCCGGCUUCUACAAAGCCGGCGGCUUGAUUACUGGCAGUUCCUUCCACCGUGGCAUGUACAAGAAGACUGUGCCGCGAAACUCCAUGAGCAUGCUGCUCCUCUCAGAAGGCGAAAAGCGAAUUUCCAAGUCUUACCAAGAGAAACAAGCUGAACGUGAGGUCUUAGAAGCGCAAUUUGAGGUGAAAGCCUUGACCAAAUCCUGGGAACAUCAGACUGAAGGAAUGCGACAAGACCUUUGA